AAGAGAGGCCGACCAGCCAGGUUGUGUCCGCCCUCUGCGUUUCCUCUCUAGCCGCUCGCACUCUAUGCUCCGCGGUCGCGGGCCGUCUGUAGCCGGCCGGCCGGUAAGGGUGUGCAGAGGAAGGCGGGGCGGGAAGGCAAGAGGUGUCUCCUCCACCAGAGCCCCGGGAGACCCGAGCAAGCUCUGUGACAGUUCGUCGGCCGCCAUGUCAGCGAGCGGGGCAGGAAACAGACCCGGGGUACAACGGUAGUCUUCCUUUCGUCUCCGACUCCCAGACAUGGAAGGACUUUAAUGAAACUUGAAGGGUUCAACAAAGGAUGCUCUAAUGGAUGACAUCGGAACUCCUACAUAUAACCUGCAGAUAGAGCCACAAGAUGAGUGUCAUCCUGUUGAUAGUGUGGAAAGUACAGUAACACCCUUGCCUUCUGUGUCAGAUGAAAAUGAAAAUCAACUUGAUGGGGAUAGGCCUGAGUGUCUGACUGGCAGUGACGGUGCAAUGGGAAAACCUGAAGUGUUUGAACAAGACGGUCUCAACAAUAAUGAAAGCUGCACAUCACACUUGGAGGUGGCUGCAAGUGAGAACUCGGAAAACACUCCUGGUGAAGGCCCCAAAGAUGGACAGGCCUUCUUGGGAAAGGACAGAAAAAUAUCUGGAAUAAAAAGCUCAAGAAGCAAAAAAGGCACUGCUAAGAAGAUACUACCAGGACUUUCUUUGGAGGAUAGUACACCUUUAAUGCAAGAAAAGACAAUAAGUGCAGCCACACAUGCAGUUGGUGAGGAAGAGGCUGCUGAAGUAGGUGCUAAUGAGCGACCAGAAGCUCCGAAGCUAGUUCUGCAGUCUCUGUUCUCCCUUAUACGAGGCCAAGUUGAGCAGUUGGAUUCAAGGGCACUUCCCCUUCGCCUUCACCAGAUAGCAGAGUCCUAUUUCCAGGAGGAAGACUAUGAGAAAGCAAUCAAAUUCAUUCAGCUUGAACGAUUAUAUCAUGAGCAAUUGCUUGCAAAUCUUUCUGCCAUUCAGGAACAGUGGGAAACAAAAUGGAAAACUGUACAACCACAUACAGUUACGUCUGAAAGGAAUUCAGAAAAAGGAUUUAAUGGUGAAGAUUUCGAACACCUUACUAAAUUUUGCACAACCCAUCGAGACCCUCUUUUAUCCAAGCAUAAGAUAGCAGCUGUAGAAAAGUCCCUGGGAAGAAAAUGCUUUACACGGUUAAUAGUGUCUGAAGAUCCAAAAGAGCGAGUCAAAGAGUCAGAGAGUGAAACUUGUCUGGGCAUGGAACUCAGUGAAGAAAGCCAACAUAAAGGAGAGACCCAGCAAAGCAGCCCCUGCUGUGAUCAGAUGGACCGGCAGGCAGAUUCCUCCAGCCUCCUGGCAACUACAGGGAAGCACCACACGGAGGAGCUGCUCUGCAGCACUGAAGCCACACUGGAGUGCCACACCCAGUCCUCAGAGGCAGCCAGGAGCAGGUCUGGGCCAGACUCUUUUGCGAAUCCUCAUCAGGAUGACAGUCGCUUACAGCUGACUGAAACAGAGGCCUGCAAAGAUGUAGCCAGAAUAGAGGGCGUUGUCGAAGACCCUAAGGUGUUCCUUUCCAGCGAGUCAGUGAUAGAGCCGUUGAUUUUACCAGGCUGUGAACAUAUACCUCCUACAUUGAUUUCUGAGGAUAAAUACCCACAGACUGAAAGAAAGGGACUCUUAUUGCCUCUUCAGGAUGCUUGUGAGGCGUUGCCCACAGACCAGCUUGAGAACAAUAAAUUAAAUGAGCUGCAGCAACCUGACCUCACCGACAGAGAUGGAAAAUCACCACGGGGUCAGACUGACUCAGAUGGUUCUGAGAGUGAACUUUGUGAAAAUAAUAAAAUAUCUGACUUGAGUACAGUGCUUCCAGAGGUGUAUAUGGCCCCAGAGGAAAAGGGAGAUAAAGACGAGGAAGUCAACAAAGAAACAGAAGAUUAUUUGAACAGCCUUUUAGAAGGAUGCUUAAAAGAUACUGAAGAUUCCCUUUCAUAUGAAGAUAACCAAGAGGAAGACUCUGAUCCCCUUCAAGAUCUUUCUCCUGAAGAAACAUCCUAUAGUUUACAGGAGAACCUACCUUCUGAUGAUAGCUGUCUGUCCCUUGAUGAUCUUGCAAAAAGGAUAGAGAUUGCAGAGGUUGUUCCUGCUGAAGGAUUGGUCUCUAUAUUAAAGAAGAGGAAUGAUACUGUAGGAAAUCAUCCUUCCCAAAUGCAGCAGAAAUCAUCUAAGCGAAGAGUGAGAUUCCAAGAAAUAGAUGAUAACUUGGAUCAAGAUGAAGUGGGAGGCAGCUCCUGUAUUUUACUGAUCUUGCUGUGCAUAGCAACUGUUAUCCUUAGUGUUGGAGGAACUGCCUUGUACUGCUCUUUUGGUGACAUGGAGUCACCUGUUUGCACAGACUUUGCAGACAACGUGGACUUCUAUUACACUAAGUUACUGCAGGGAAUGGCACAACUUAAACACUGGAUCUACCUCUCCUAGCAGCGUUCUCAAGGCACAGGCUUGCUGGCAGUGAGAAUCGAAGAUGCGAACUUUUUAAACAGGUUUUAUUUCAGGGGCUCUGUAACAUGCCCCUUUCCCUCCCCCCUCCCCCCAUGAACAUCAGAAAGCGCAACUUCCAAUGGCAACCUAGAGGUACUCUGUUAGAGUAAUCCACACAAGGAGGCAAAUGUUGAUCUGAGCAUCGUGGGUGGAAAGAAUGACCUUUGAAAAGCAUAUCCAUCUCCUCCUCAUGGCUUCCCAGUGAAUGAGGUGCGCUGAGCAGAAUUAAACAAGGCAAUCUUGUAGCCAUACCAUUUCUAGCUACCUUGUCAAGCUAAUGGUUAAAGAACACUUUUGGUUUACAUUUGUUGGUCCAAAGAUACUGCUUCCAGCCAUCAUGCAAUAAGUUUGUGUAUAGUCAAAAGGGGUUAUCCUAUGGAUUCAUUGUCUUUUUAGUUAACCUUGGGAGCUGUGUAAUUUAGGCUUUGUGCAUUAUUUCCCGAUUCUCUUCAUUUGUGAAACGGUCGUGUGUGUAUAUGUGUGUGUGUGUGUGUUUAGUUUCAGGCAGUUAUCAUAAGCAAAUACCCAACAUAGAAUAACAAAUAUUAUUCUUUUACCUUAACUAUAGAUGUGCAGGCACAAAUCUUUGAAGAACGCUUAACUGUGGAAUAGAUGACUUUUAGAAGUCUUUGGCCCUGAAAUGAGAAAUUGUGAUGUAUCUGUGACAAUUAACAUGAUUGACUAGCCAGAAAUUAAUCACAGGCCUAGAGGUAGCAUUGAGGAGCUGCCCCCUAAGUCUCAGGCAACCAGUUUCAUCAUGGAUUUAAUGAUUCCUGGAAUAUGAUGGAUGCUGGACUUAAUUCAGCAAGUACUGACUGAGCACCUAUUACAUUCUAAAAAUCUAAGAAUCAGGAUACAAAGAUAAAGAAGUUUCUGCUUUAGAUAUUUUCAUUCCAGUCUUAUGUAAAAUGAACUAAUACUUUGGCAAGUGAAAUUAAAUCACCAUUCAUAAUUCAGUAUGAAUAGAUCAUGCAUUCUGAUGUCUAAAUGUGCAUUCAUAUCGUGGGCUUGAUUUAGACCUAUUAUGGGGUCAUUAAGUGAAAAUUCAAUCAUAUCUUAAAUAGGCAAAUGUCGGGUUUUUGUUUAAAUCUGUCAGUUAGUACAUCCUUUUCUAAGGUACAGUGGUCCCUUAGGAAGCCUUGCUUUGGGUUUUUAUAUCAUAGGCAGCAUUUUAAAAACAUUAAGCACAUGAAUUAUAGUUUUUCAGCAAGUGAUCAUUAUUUCAUGUUUUUCUCUUCGGGUCAUUUGAGAGAAAAAGGGAGAAAUUAAUUUCUAGUUGUUACUGGCUGGAACAGUCCCUCCCUUUGUAUUUCUGCUUAUUUAUUUAGAUUACAUGAAUUUCAGAGGGCCUUUUUAUAUAAGUUGAAAAUGUGUUGCUGAGCAUGCACUCGGUUGUCACAAUGCUAGAUAUUUAAUUACUGUGUACUUUGUGUUUUGAUUUUCUAUAAUUUGAGUUCGGCGUGUUUUUAGGCUUGUUUAUUUUUAAAUUGAUGUUUUAUUUUCACUUACAAUACUGUUGGACUUGUCUGCAUCAUGUCACCAUAAACUAAUAUUUUAAACGGUUAUAGAUCAAAGAUAUUUAUUUAGAAGUGUAUAGGAUAUUGAAAUUCAGAUUCCUUAUACUUAAGACUGAUUUUAUUAGAAGAUUAUUUUAAUGUUCUAUUGUAAAUUUUAAGAAUUUGUAUUCAAAUUGUAUGUAAAAUAUGUAAAAUGUUGAUGGUACUAAUUAUGUGGUUCUAUACAAGACGUUCACAAGGCCUACUGUGAGGGGCAUCCCCAUCAUAAGAUAAACCUCUUCCGUUUUACCCUCAUCAUUUCUAGUUACAAGAAUUUGGUGAUGCUGAUUUCUGCUGGUUUUAUGUCAAGAUAAAUUAAAAAUUCCCUCCUGCCCACUUCUUUUAGGUCACUAUUAGAGUCAUAUAUAAUAUAAUCUAUGGUGUUAUAUUUGCCUGUAGGCCACCAGGGCCACUUCUGAAACUGAAGAAUUUCCUGGGAAAUUCUGAGAUAAGAGGAAGAAGAUAAUACCUUGGGACAACGAGGAUCCAGUUGAAUCUCAGAGAAACCAUAUGUGCUCACCGGUUCCCAGGGGAGGGUGAGGUGACCUCAGGAGCAUAUUAAUAUCUUUACUUAAAAUAGGAUCAAGUCUCCGCUAGAAAAAUUAGGGCAGCUUUUAAAAAUGUAAUAAUCAUUUAAUGCAUGAAUUGGAGUAAUGCCACCUGGUGAUGAAAGGAUUGUUAUCUCAGACAUAAAAAAGUCAUCUGAUUUUACUAAAAUGUAAUUUUUCCUCUCAUUUGAAAGUACUGACAACAAUUUGUAACAAUCUUAUCUUCCUUAGGAACUGUAUUUGAGGUUAUCAAAUCUAGCUUGUAAUUUAAAAUCUACACCAAGAAAAUGUCUUAGAGAGUUUAUUUGAAUGCUUGAGUGCUGAGAAAAACUGCUUGGUGAAAAUAAAAUAAUUUCAGAUGUUGGUGUGGCCCCACAAGUAGAUGUUGUCUGUUCUGGGAAGUCUAAUCGGAAUCCCUUGGUGAUACAGACUGUUCACGGGCUCAGCUGCUAACUGAAAGGUUAGCAGUUUGAGUCUACCCAAAGGCACCUUGGAAGAAAUGCCUAGUGAUAUACUUCCCAAAUAUCAGCUAUUAAAAACCCCAUGGAGCACAAUUCUACUCUCACAUGCAUAGGGUCAUCAUGAGUCAUAAUCAACUUGACAUCUUGUCAAGAGUUCUCUAAGUAAAGGAUUCUCUGCUUCUAAAAUACCUCCCCCUUCUACCUGACACAGUACCUACAGUCCCUCUAAAAGUUCACUCCUUUAGAUUUAAAAAUCAGAAUCCCCUAGGACAUUUGCUUUAUUGAGCUAUGAAUUUGUGUAUUAGAUGCUGAGGGGAUUUCAAAUUUGAAGGUUAUGUUUAGAGGACAGAUGUGCAUUGGGUCUUAUUGGGAUGGCAGAAGGGUACUUGGGGGUGUCAGGGAUGGAGAAAGGUGGGAGUUCUGGAGUAAAAGAAGGAAAAUGGGAAAAGAACAAAGAAAUCUUUUAGCUAUUUACCUAUUUUGCUGAAGCUGGCCGUGUAAUGAUCACUCCCAGUCCAGGGAGAAACUGAAUUUUUGUCUUUCCACUGACAUGACCUGUAUAACUCUAUUUCUAUGGGCUCAGAGAAAUAAUAUUCACUCACUCUUGUAUAUGACUGAUGCAAUGUCUGUAGUGUUCUCACAUUUAUUCAUUUGAUGCUUAAAUCAGUAAACACACAUCCUUUUUGGUGGCAGAACCUACUCUCAACUCCAGGUCUUGUAACUCCCAAGUCCAUUUUACUUUUCAUUGUAUCGUGUUGCCUCCAACUUCAAAAAGAAUAAGAGUAAUUCUGGGCUUACUGGUACAAAUUCUGGUGCCAUCUUCUACUGUAAAACCUUAAAGAUAAACAUUUAUUGAGCUCCAUGUACUAACCCUGUAAAAGCUACAGUGAGACCAAAAAAGAUUUCCUUAAGAAAUUUUGGUAACAUUGAAAUCUUCCAGGAUUUAGGCUACUGAGAAAAGCUAUGGUAACCUAUGGGUGUCUCUUCUUCCUGGUUCUAAUAAGUUACUCCUAAACUCUCAGAUCAAUGCAGAGCCAUGAGCAACUGUGUUUAUUGCUCUCUGUUCCAUAGUUCUCAAAGUUCCACAAACAUCCAAAUGCCUGUGAUGUGCCUAACACCAAGCUGGGUGCUAAAAUCAGUUGCCGUCAAGUCAAUUCUGACUCACAGUGACCCUACAGGACAGAGUAGAGCUGCCCCAUAAGGUUUGCAAGGAGCGGCUGGUGGAUUUAUACCGCCAACCAACCUUUAUGGUUAGCAGUCAAGCUCUUAACCAGAAACAAGAAAUGAUACCAGCUUUAAAAAGUUAACACCUCAUGACGGAAAUGUGUUUGUGAAGGUGGAAUAAAAAUGAAAUCAGGGAACAUACUACUCAUAGGGGUGUAAACUCAUUCUUUUCUACCACGUGUCAGGCCCUAUUGGAAUAAAAGUAGAAUUCUAUCUAGGUCAACUGCAUAGCAACUUGAUAGACAGGACCCUUUUCUCUCAGCCAGAGGUCUAGUAAUUAUUACUUUUCACUUCUAGUUAGCAUUUGUGGAGUUAUAACUGGUGGAUUUUCCAGCAAUAGAAAGCUUUGCUGCAAGAGUCUUCUUCAAAAUAAGAAGUCUAAACAGCCCUAAAUAGUACAAUUAAAAAUCUUCUCCAAAGAAAACCCUGUUUACAGAUGGCUUCAGUAAAUUCUAUCAAUCAUUUAAGUAAGAAAUGAUACCGAUCCUAAAAAAAAAAAAAAAAACUCUUUCAGAAA